AUGUAUAACAUGAUGGAAACCGAGAUUAAGACCCCGCUCCCGCAGUCCAACUCGGGCUCGGCGCAGGGCGCAAAGAACAACAGUGUCAGCGACCAGGAGCGGGUGAAGAGGCCGAUGAACGCCUUCAUGGUCUGGUCUCGGGGACAGCGGAGGAAGAUGGCUCAAGAAAAUCCCAAAAUGCACAAUUCUGAAAUCAGCAAGCGGCUUGGUGCAGACUGGAAACUUCUGACCGACGCAGAAAAGAGACCAUUCAUCGACGAGGCCAAGCGUCUGCGCGCUAUGCACAUGAAGGAGCAUCCGGAUUAUAAAUACCGUCCCCGCAGGAAGACCAAGACCUUGCUCAAGAAAGACAAGUAUUCUUUGCCCGGGGGACUGUUGGCGCCAGGAGCCAAUGCCGUCAACAACUCGGUGUCGGUGGGACAGAGGAUGGACGGUUAUGCGCACAUGAACGGGUGGACAAACAGUGCGUACUCCCUCAUGCAGGACCAGUUGGCCUACCCUCAGCAUCACAGCAUGAACAGCCCCCAGAUUCAGCAGAUGCACCGAUACGAGAUGGCAGGGCUCCAGUACCCGAUGAUGUCCUCGGCACAGACCUACAUGAACGCGGCUUCCACGUACAGCAUGUCUCCAGCUUACACGCAGCAGACCACCAGCGCCAUGGGACUGAGCUCCAUGGCGUCCGUGUGCAAGACCGAGCCCAGCUCACCGCCGCCGGCCAUCACGUCCCACUCUCAAAGGGCGUGUUUGGGGGACCUGAGGGAUAUGAUAAGCAUGUACCUGCCUCCCGGUGGGGACAGCGCAGAGCAUUCCUCCCUGCAGAGCAGCCGGUUACACAGUGUCCAUCCGCACUAUCAGACCGCAGGGACUGGCGUCAAUGGGACGCUACCUCUCACCCACAUCUGA